GCGCGCACUGAAUAAUUAAAGAGAAGUUUAAAUUAGGGAUUUUGAAAAAUAAUAAGAUUUGGGAAUGGCGAUGGAGAUGGAGGAGGAGGAGGAGAGAGGGAAGGUCAGGGCUUUGAUAGAAAAAGCCACGAACUCAACGGCCGCCGAGGUUGAUCGACGCCUUCUCAGAGCAAUCAAAUCGGUUGUCCGGUUCUCCGAUUCGGAGCUCCGAGUCGCGACCCAUACCCUCAUGGACCUCAUGAAACGCGAUCACUCUCAGGUUCGUUAUCUUACACUUCUUAUAAUUGAUGAACUUUUCAUGCGGUCAAAGCUUUUUAGAACACUUAUAGUCGAGAACUUAGACCAGUUGUUGACCUUAAGCGUCGGGUUCAGAAGAAAUAUGCCACUUCCAGCUCCUCCUGCUGUCGCAUCCACCUUGCGUUCCAAGGCAAUUGAAUUCUUGGAGAAGUGGAAUGUGUCCUUCGGGGUUCAUUACAGACAGCUUAGGUUAGGUUUUGAUUAUCUUAAGAAUAGUCUGAGGUUCCAGUUUCCUAACCUUCAGGAAAAUGCAGCUAGAAUAGAACGAGAGAGAACGGAAAGAGAGAGAAGAACACAGGAGAUUUUACGAAACAAGUUUGAAACACUGAAGACAAAUUUUGGUUCUAUAAAGGAAGAGAUACAGUCGAUGGUCAAUGAGAUUGGGGAAUGCUUAGGUAUUGCUCGUACUAAAGAGGAAAGUGUGCCACUAGGCAUGUUGGAUGAUGAAGAUUUUGAAGAGUUCCGCUCUUCAGAAUUGAGGCAGAUCCGACUUGAUUCAUUAAAGGAAGGAGAAAAGGUUCAUGAGAACAGUGAUAAUAAAGUGGUUUUUGAUGCAUUGAGGGAGCUGUAUAAGCUUUUAAGAACAAAGCAUUUGGUUUCUGUACAAGAAUGGAUUUCUCUUCUUAUAAGGGUUGAAGUGGCUGACAACAGGUUACGAGAUUCCUUGUUGAAGGAGUUGAUUGAUAUCCGAAGUCGACUCCUGUCUGUGAAGAAGGAUUGUGACGAAUCAGGUUGUGCCCUACUUAAAACUGUGAAAAAUAACCAAGAAGAGGAGGAAGACUUCUGGGAAGAAGGUAAUAUUGGAUCAACUGAGAAUGGAAGUUCUACUGAACCAGAGAAGCGAAAGGAGGCACAAAGUUCCAACAAGGAAGAGAAAAUUAAAUCUAUUGAGGAUAGGAAUUCUUGGAAAUCCAAUAAACAAAACGAAAAUCUUGCUAGACUGUCAUCUUCUAGCAAGGUGAAAGACAAAGCUAAAGAAUGCAGUUCUAAGGGCAAAGAGUCUCUGGGUAGUGAAACCUCUGUUAGGAGUAAGCUUUUGGCUGAAGCUCCAGUCAUCAGGUGGGGUUCUUUCUUGGAUAAUUGGGGAUCGGUUUCUAAUAAGGAUAUGUUGGCUAAUCAGAGAGGCUUGGAGCUUGAAAGUCACUGGGGACGAGUAGACUAUGAUGCAGUAAUUCCAGCAGAGAAAAUUGCAGAAUUGAAUCUUCAGGCGAUUGUUUACCAAGAAAAUCUAGGAGAAAUCCAACCAUGUCAUGCCCCUUUGAGCAAAGGUGGACUUUGUCAGAGAAAAGAUUUGAGGGUUUGCCCCUUUCAUGGGCCCCUUAUACCUCGAGAUGAUGAAGGAAACCCUAUCAAUCAGAAUUCUUCUAUAGAUGAUACAAAUCCUGAUCUAGCGUCUGAUAUUGUAGAGCAAUUAGCCAAAAAAGCUGUGAAGAAUGUCAGGGCGAGAGAUAAGGAGGAAGCAAGGAAGAGAAAACUUGAUAAACAGUCAUUAUGGCGGGCAAAGCUUGCUAAAGUUCGGGAACACAAUGCGGCGGUUCUUCGUGAUGCUGCAAUGGCAUCAACAUCAAGAUCUGCAGUUGUUGGAGAAGAUAUGGAGGAAACUAUUCGGGAGAAAUCAGUGGGAAGAAACAAACAAACUCUGGCAUCCAUGCAGCGGAAGAAAGUAACAACUAAAGGCAGGUUAGCUCAUAAACUUCUGACUACGCGGGUUACAGAUGCAGCAAUAAGACAGAUUACCCAGAGGGAGGAUGCAACUUAUAGAGAAGCCUUCCCCAAUCAGUGGUAGAUAAUUCCCUGUGAAGCUUUUAGACAUUUAUUGGAGGGUAAAUGCCCUUGGUUGCAUAGGUUACUACUGGGCAAAACAAUUUCAUUGGUGACCCUGUACAUAUACAAGCAUAAACUGAUCAAAUGUUCAUUGCAUUCCUCAGGAUACUUCAUUGUAAUGUCUCUAUGAGCCUGGGGAAGCUAGUUGUGCCAUUCGGAAAUCAUGGAUGGUUAAUCAUAUCAGCAGAGCUGUUAUAUGGUUAACUUUGUAAUAUACAUGUUUUUUUCUUUUUAUAAGAUUUUGUUGCAGAUUCUUGGAGAUAAAUAAAGAGCUAGAAUGUUGGAUUGGUUUCUUAUACAAUAAAUGAAGUUUUCUCUCGUUGCAAA